CACAAUAUUGCUUAAUCCCUCACAACCACAGCGCGUUUGCAACUCUCCAAACGCCGAAAGGAUACCGCCAACCGCCUAAAACUACUGCACCACCGACUAUCAUCGACGACGGACCGCAAUUAUGUCAGGAUACUACAACUUCAAUGCACACUCGACGCACCCCACACCUGCAGUCCACCACAGCCAUGGCGGCCGCAACCGCAGAGCUCCCCGUCUAUCCGUGUCGCAAAACUCUCAGCGCCAGUUCCGAGGCGUCCGCAGCAUGAAGGAGCUCAACGAAUCCGCGUCCAUCUCGGCAUUCCGUACAAAAUUCGAGGCGGCCAGCUCUUUUGAGCUUGAAGACGACCUCGAGUUUUGCCCCGGUCUGCUGACUGAGAAUGACUUGGUCUCCAUCUCCAGUGCAUCUGAGCGAUCCUCCCUCGCGAGCAACUCGCCGCAGUCGUCGCCGACGCAGCAACCCCAAGCCGUCGCUCCCGGGUUCUCUCUCAACACCUCCUCUCCCCCCUUUGUGCCCCCGAGCACCGCAUUCCACAGCCAGCAGCCCAACAUGAAGCUGCACCAGCCCGCCGCGACACGUGGCCGCAACGCGAUCCCCAUCAUCAACCCAGCCACGGGCAUCUCCAUGUCCAGCCCGCCAUCGUCUGUGUCGCCCGCCAAGAUGCAGCACUCUGUCAGGGCCCGGUGGUAGACGUGUCGCGUAGCGGCGCCGUCUCACCAUCGCCCUGGCGGCUUUGCGCAACUGGAAGACGUGUGAAUUUGCUUUCAUAAUCGGCUGUCGUCUCCUCGGCGAGCAUCACGACACAGACAUCUACAUUUCAUGGCAUCGAUCUUUUGGCCUGGCUGGGCUGGGCUACGUUAAUAAUCACACUCGCACAGGCUGCGUCUGCUGGGCAAUCUGACUGUACAAACAUCCUUAAUCGAUAU